GUUUUUGGUUCUCUGAAUGCUUUUCAUGGUAUCCUGUCAUAGAUUUAGAAAUGUAAUAUUUUCUCUCAUUUAUAAUUAAUCUUUUCUUUAAAAAUGCAUUAUGUAGUAUUGUUAUUAUUAUCCAUUUUAAAAGUGAAAGUGAGUCUAAGGGGAGUUGAGAACUUGUCCAAGGUAACAUAGCUAGUGAGGAGCACUUAAGUAAUAAUCUAGUCUUCAUCUUACAAUAGGAAUACAUACUUCACACAUAUACUAUUUAGAUUAAAUGGAUAAAUGCAUUAUGAGACAUUUAGAACAAUGGGUAGCGUAGAGUAAAUACUAAAUAAGUAUUAGCUUUUAUUAGAUUUUCUUUCUCUGGGAAUAUUAAUCAGACAUUUUGAAAGGCUUUCUUCUGUUUUCUAUAUUAUUGUUCCUUCUUUUUUCUUGGUGGUAGUGAUGGUGGUAGUUUUGGUCUUUCUAUGUCAUGUUACAGGCAUCUCCUCAAAUGCCUUGGCUAUCUUCUCAUAUUUUAGAAGGAUGAUAAUAUCAAAAUGUUGACAAUCAACUCUGUGAGCAAACAGUACCUGUUGAUGGCAGACCUUCAUUCUAAUAUAACCAUGCUAGGAUAAGGCAAUUACCUUAUGAGACACCAAAUAUUAAUAUGUGUCUUUACUUGGGGCUUUCAUAUUCUCCAGGUUAGAAUUCUACAAUAUUCACUGUGUGGGGAUGAACUAGGGGUCAGGCAUAUACCUUGUGUCCUACAGUCUAAGAGUAUUGCAUGAAAAAGGACUAGAAGUCUAACCAUGCAAAAUGCAAAGGUUUGCUUACUCUCCCUAUUUUCAAUUUGACACCUCACAAUUGUGCUCAGGCUGUGCCUAGAUCCCCAAGACUAGAGAAAGUUCCAUUAAAUUUGUCCAGAGAAUAAACUUUCUAUUUUCUGGUUGUGAGUUACAUUUCUGUCUAUGUAGGGUGAUGAGAAGAAUAGAGAAUUCAAUUAUCCUCUACACAUACUUCCAACUGAUAACUUUUUUUCCAUCCUUAACUGACUUCAGUCUUCUUAAACAUCUGGUUCCUCCAAAUCUUGGCUUAAAUGAGAUUGUGUUUCUUGUGAGUAUCUUCAAUGAAGGAAUUUUACUUUAGGGGCAUUUUUUGGAACUGCUAAGUCAAUUGCUCUUCCACCUGCUUUGCUUUCUGUAUUAGAAAAAUAUGUGUGUUCACUUGUGUAUUCUUAAUCUUCAUUAGUUCCCAUUUUAAUUACUUUUCUGUCAUUUCAGUGUGUAUUUUUUUAAAAAAAGAGAGGUUAAUUGUGUAUGGUCAAUCCAUCACUUUUCAACUUUUACCUUUCUGUACCAAUUACUAUUUAAAUCAUGUAUCCAGCUUACAUUUUUAAGAAUAUUAAUUGAAUUUAACAUUUUAAAAUCCAGACUUAUUGGAUUCUUCUUCCAUCCAUUCUUAGCGCACGUUAAGACUUUCUAUAGUGAACAUCACUGAUGAGCCCUUAGCAUCUAUUCCAAACAAUCUCCCUCAUUAUGUACCAGUGAUUUACUUUGGCUAGGACUGAAACCAUCCCAAGCUUAAGAGGUGGUCCCAGACAGGAUUAAAACAAAGUAAUGGCCAGAGAUGGGUCUUUAGAUUCUAGGGCUAAAAUCUCCAAGUAUGAUUCUAUACCUCUUGAAACAAUGAUUGCUUCAGUCACAGGCACAUGAUCUUACUUGGUCUAAUCAGAGUGAAAGUUAGGUUUUUGUUCUAUGUUUAGGGAUAGACUCUUACUUUCUCUUCCUGGGCUGAAAGAGAAAACAGAUAGCUACAGUUGUGACUACAAUAAAUUUUGGGAACCUGGGGCAAGCCAGCUUUAGGAAUUAGAGUCUACUUUAAAUGAAACUAACUUGCUUGUGCUUGUGUACUUAUCAAUUUUUUGUGAAUUAUGAAAAACUGAAACUAAAUGAUAGGUUUACAUAAUAUGUUCCACCCCAAUCUCUUGCUUCAUUUUCUACCUGUUCACAAUUCAUUGCUAUUAAGGAAAUCUAUGGAAAUGCCUUUUUAUGCUGUCAUAAUGACCUAAAUUUGCCUCAUCACAUGGUUAAUGCAGUUUCAUAACUUCAGAAAGGACUUUUGAGAUCACCUUCCCUUUCCCUUACCAUGUAAGGAAAGCCAAGUAGUAAUAGAGUUUCAUUCAGCUCAACACUUAGUUACACCCUGCUUGUUUCAGGCUUACAAUUGUCUCAGAAAUACUACGAAUUCCUGGGGACCAGGGAUCACAUCUUGUAUCUGUAUUCACCACAAUCGAGCACAUUUGGUUGUGAGGAGAGUGGGGAAAGACACUGAAUAAAUGCUUUAAAACAAAUACAAACAUCAUCACAAACUAUAAAGAAUAUAAAACGAUUAUUAAGGAAGAUAUAAUAUAUUUUUAAUUAAACAGAAGGAAUUAUUUAAAUGCAAUAUUUGCUUCUGGAGGACAUUUAUGUAAAUAAAAUUUAGGUAGUGUUCAUCAAACUGUGAAAAUCUGUGGAGUCGCGUGGUGGCGCUGCAGGAUAAUACCAAGAAAAAAAUUACCCUGGAGGAUGUUGUAGACGCUGUUAUCCAGUAAACGGAGAGAACUGGGAAGACAGAAAGAACAAUCCUUUAAGGGACAACCUAGAAGCCAUUCAACAAGGUUAAAAUCUUUAGGCUUCCGAUGAUUUGGUAGACAGAUCAGAGGCACGUUUCCCACAACUGCGAAGUGGUGCUGAGGCAAUUCUGCAAGAUUUUGGAGUUUUGGAAAAGAAGCUAUGGAAAACGGAGGGGCAGGCAUUCUGCAGAUAAGGCAAGUCCUGCUUUUCUUUGUUUUGCUGGGAAUGUCUCAGGCGGUCUCUGAAACUGGGAGUUUUUUGGUGAUGGAGGAAUUGCAGAGUGGGAGCUUUGUAGGAAAUUUGGCAAAGACCCUGGGACUGGAGGUGAGUGAGCUGUCUUCACGGGGGGCCCAGGUGGUUUCUAAUGAUAACAAAGAGUGUUUGCAGCUGGACACAAACACUGGGGAUUUGCUCCUGAGCGAAAUGCUAGACAGGGAGGAGCUCUGUGGCUCCAAUGAGCCUUGUGUGCUGUAUUUCCAAGUGUUAAUGAAAAACCCCACGGAGUUUUUACAAAUUGAACUCCAGGUCAGGGAUAUAAAUGAUCACUCUCCCAUCUUCUUGGAGGAACAAAUGCUCUUAGAAAUCCCAGAGAACAGUCCUCUUGGUACUGUGUUCUUGCUUGAAAGUGCGAAGGAUUUAGAUGUAGGAAUCAAUGCUGUAAAAAGCUACACAAUAAAUCCGAACUCUUAUUUCCACAUUAAAAUAAGAGUCAAUCCAGACAAUAGGAAAUACCCUGAGUUAGUUCUGGACAAGGCGCUGGAUUAUGAAGAGUGCCCGGAGCUCAGUUUCAUCCUCACUGCUCUGGAUGGCGGGUCCCCUCCCAGGUCCGGAACUGCCUUAGUCAGGGUGGUGGUUGUAGAUAUUAAUGACAACUUCCCUGAGUUUGAGCAGGCUUUUUAUGAGGUGAAGAUUCCGGAGAAUAGCACCCUUGGCUCGCUGGUUUUGACAGUCUUGGCUUGGGAUUUAGACUCUGGAACAAACAGUGAACUAUCCUAUACAUUUUCCCAUGCCUCAGAAGAUAUUCGCAAGACAUUUGAAAUUAAUCAAAAGUCUGGAGACAUUACUUUAACAGCACCUUUGGAUUUUGAAACAAUUGAAUCAUACUCAAUAAUCAUUCAAGCCACAGAUGGGGGAGGACUUUUUGGAAAAUCUACAGUCAGAAUUCAGGUGAUGGAUGUAAAUGACAAUGCUCCUGAAAUCACUGUGUCAUCAAUUACCAGUCCAAUCCCAGAAAGCACACCAGAGACCGUGGUUAUGGUUUUCAGGAUACGAGACAGAGACUCUGGGGACAACGGAAAGAUAGUUUGUUCUGUCCCGGAAGACCUCCCAUUCGUGCUAAAAUCUUCCGUAAAUAAUUACUACACUUUGGAAACAGAGAGACCACUGGACAGAGAGAGCAGAGCCGAGUACAACAUUACCAUCACCGUCACCGACUUGGGGACACCCAGGCUGAAAACCGAGUACAACAUAACCGUGCUGGUCUCCGACGUCAAUGACAACGCCCCCGCCUUCACCCAAACCUCUACCCUGUUCGUCCGCGAGAACAACAGCCCCGCCCUGCACAUCGGCAGCGUCAGCGCCACAGACAGAGACUCAGGCACCAACGCCCAGGUCACCUACUCGCUGCUGCCACCCCAGGACCCGCACUUGCCCCUCGCCUCCCUGGUCUCCAUCAACACAGACAACGGCCACCUGUUCGCCCUCAGGUCGCUGGACUACGAGACCCUGCAGGCCUUCGAGUUCCGCGUGGGCGCCGCAGACCGCGGGUCCCCGGCGCUGAGCAGCGAGGCACUGGUGCGCGUGCUGGUGGUGGACGCCAACGACAACUCGCCCUUCGUGCUGUACCCGCUGCAGAACGGCUCCGCGCCCUGCACAGAGCUGGUGCCCCGUGCUGCCGAGCCGGGCUACCUGGUGACCAAGGUGGUGGCAGUGGACGGCGACUCGGGCCAGAACGCCUGGCUGUCGUACCAGUUGCUCAAGGCCACGGAGCCCGGGCUGUUCGGCGUGUGGGCGCACAAUGGCGAGGUGCGCACCGCCAGGCUGCUGAGCGAGCGCGACGCGACCAAGCACAGGCUAGUGGUGCUAGUCAAGGACAAUGGCGAGCCUCCGCGCUCGGCCACCGCCACGCUGCACGUGCUCCUGGUGGACGGCUUCUCCCAGCCCUACCUGCCGCUCCCGGAGGCGGCCCCGGCCCAGGCCCAGGCCGACUCGCUCACCAUCUACCUGGUAGUGGCGUUGGCCUCGGUGUCGUCGCUGUUCCUCUUGUCGGUGCUCCUGUUCGUGGCGGUGCGGCUGUGCAGGAGGAGCAGGGCGGCCUCUGUGGGUCGCUGCUCGGUGCCCGAGGGCCCCUUUCCAGGACAUCUGGUGGACGUGAGCGGCACCGGGACCCUGUCCCAGAGCUACCAGUAUGAGGUGUGUGUGACUGGAGGCUCCGGGACAAAUGAGUUCAAAUUUCUGAAACCAAUUAUCCCCAACUUCCUACUCCACAGCACACGUAGGGAAGUUGAAGAAAACCCCCCAUUUCAGAAUAAUUUGGGUAUCUGUGGAAUAACCACAGCCUCAGAUACUGGGGACUUUACAGUCCCACAGAACCGUCCUCCCAGGAAGCUGAACCCACCAAGAACAAUGGAGGCCAGCGGGAAGCUCAUUUGCAGACAAAGGCAAGUCCUUUUUCACUUUCUCCUUUUGGGCUUCUUUCUGGCGGGCGCGGCGGAACCUAGAUGCUAUUCUGUGGUGGAGGAAAUUGAGGGCAGCUCCUUUGUCACCAAUUUAGCAAAGGACUUGGGUCUGGAGCAGAGGGAAUUCUCCAGGCGGGGGGUUAGGGUUGUUUCCAGAGGGAACAAACUACAUUUGCAGCUCAAUCAGGAGACCGGGGAUUUGUUGCUCAACGAGAAAUUGGACCGUGAGGAUCUGUGUGGUCACACAGAGCCCUGUGCGCUACAUUUCCAAGUGUUGCUAGAGAGUCCCUUCGAGUUUUUUCAAGCUGAACUACAGGUAAUAGACAUAAACGACCACUCUCCAGUAUUUCUGGACAAAGAAAUGUUGGUGAAAGUGUCAGAGAGCAGUCCUCCUGGGACUACGUUUCCUCUGAAGAAUGCUGAAGACUUAGAUGUAGGCCAAAACAAUAUUGAGAACUAUAUCAUCAGCCCCAACUCCUAUUUUCGGGUCCUCACCCGCAAACGCAGUGAUGGCAGGAAAUAUCCAGAGCUGGUGCUGGACAAAGCGCUGGACCGAGAGGCAGAAGCGGAACUCAGGUUGACACUCACAGCACUGGAUGGUGGCUCUCCGCCCAGAUCUGGCACUGCUCAGGUCUACAUUGAAGUCGUGGAUGUUAACGAUAAUGCCCCUGAAUUUGAGCAGCCUUUCUAUGGGGUGCAGAUCUCUGAGGACAGUCCAAUAGGCUUCCUGGUUGUCAAGGUCUCUGCCACGGAUGUAGACACAGGAGUCAACGGAGAGAUUUCCUAUUCACUUUUCCAAGCUUCAGAUGAGAUAAGCAAAACUUUCAAGGUCGAUUCCUUGACAGGAGAAAUUGAACUAAAAAAACAACUCGAUUUCGAAAAACUGCAGUCCUAUGAAGUCAAUAUUGAGGCAAGAGACGCUGGAACCUUUUCUGGAAAAUGCACCGUUCUGAUUCAAGUGAUGGAUGUGAAUGACCAUGCCCCAGAAGUUACCAUGUCUGCAUUUACCAGCCCAAUACCUGAGAACGCGCCUGAAACUGUGGUUGCACUUUUCAGUGUUUCAGAUCUUGAUUCAGGAGAAAAUGGGGAAAUAAGUUGCUCCAUUCAGGAGGAUCUACCCUUCCUCCUGAAAUCCGCGGAAAACUUUUAUACCCUACUGACGGAGAAACCACUAGACAGAGAAAGCAGAGGGGAAUACAACAUCACUAUCACAGUCACUGACUUGGGGACCCCUAUGCUGAAAACACAGCUCAAUAUAACCGUGCUGGUCGCCGAUGUCAACGACAACGCCCCCGCCUUCACCCAAACCUCCUAUACCCUGUUCGUCCGCGAGAACAACAGCCCCGCCCUGCACAUCGGCAGCGUCAGCGCCACAGACAGAGACUCAGGCACCAACGCCCAGGUCACCUACUCGCUGCUGCCGCCCCAGGACCCGCACCUGUCCCUCACCUCCUUGGUCUCCAUCAACGCGGACAACGGCCACCUGUUCGCCCUCAGGUCUCUGGACUACGAGGCCCUGCAGGGGUUCGAGUUCCGCGUGGGCGCUUCAGACCGCGGGUCCCCGGCGCUGAGCAGCGAGGCACUGGUGCGCGUGCUGGUGGUGGACGCCAACGACAACUCGCCCUUCGUGCUGUACCCGCCGCAGAACGGCUCUGCGCCAUGUACCGAGCUGGUGCCCCGGGCGGCCGAGCCGGGCUACCUGGUGACCAAGGUGGUGGCAGUGGACGGCGACUCCGGCCAGAACGCCUGGCUGUCGUACCAGUUGCUCAAGGCCACGGAGCUCGGGCUGUUCGGUGUGUGGGCGCACAAUGGCGAGGUGCGCACCGCCAGGCUGCUGAGCGAGCGCGACGCGGCCAAGCACAGGCUGGUGGUGCUGGUCAAGGACAAUGGCGAGCCUCCGCGCUCGGCCACCGCCACGCUGCACGUGCUCCUGGUGGACGGCUUCUCCCAGCCCUACCUGCCGCUCCCGGAGGCGGCCCCGGCCCAGGCCCAGGCCGACUCGCUCACCAUCUACCUGGUUGUGGCGUUGGCCUCGGUGUCGUCGCUCUUCCUCUUGUCGGUGCUCCUGUUCGUGGCGGUGCGGCUGUGCAGGAGGAGCAGGGCGGCCUUGGUGGGUCGCUGCUCGGUGCCCAAGGGCCCCUUUCCAGGGCAUCUGGUGGACGUGAGCGGCACCGGGACCUUAUCCCAGAGUUACCAGUAUGAGGUGUGUCUGGCAGGAGGCUCAGGGACAAAUGAGUUCAAGUUCCUGAAGCCUAUUAUCCCCGACUUCCCUCCCCAGUGCCCUGGGAAAGAAAUACAGGGAAAUGCUACCUUCUCCAAUGACUUUGGGUUCAAUAUUCAGUGACCAUAGUCGACUUUUAUAUUCCAUAGGUAUUUUACUUUAUGGCAUUUCUAUGCCAAUGUUUAUUUCCCCCAAUUUGUGUGUAUUUAAAACUGUACUGAUUUACUCUUGAUUUUUCUCAUGUUCUUUCUCCCUUUGCUAUUAAGUGAACAUUCACUUUUAUUCCCGGUUCUUAAAAGAUGGCAAUUCAUUCUUUAACCUAGAUGGUCUUAAAUUGUAAUUAAUUUGCCUCCCUAAAGAGCAAUACCAAGUCACAUUUUUUUUCAUGCCCCUGUCUUUAGUUGAACUUCACCCACUGUUAUGCUUAUGGUAAAAUUAAAUAGAGCAAUUUGGAAGGGAUUCACAUUUUCCAGCAUUUUUUCAUUUCUCUUUUUUUCAGCCUUAAAAUAAUGAUUGGUAUUCAGAUAUAUAAUUUUUCUUUUUUUUAAAUCCAGUGCAUUUUUAGUUAACCUUUAACUAUGCUUUUUGCUUUCAAAAAUAAACCAGGAAACCUAUAUUCUAUGAUACAACUGUAAGUGUUUUCACUUGAUUUGAAAGGGUCAGAAGACCAGUUUCUCAGUAUCCUUUCCUCAUUCAUCCUGGAGAGGAUUGUGCAGGCACGUUAAUAUUGUGGCCACUCACAGAAUCUGGGAAUAUGAAGUUAUAAUUUUUAAAUUAAUGUACCAAAGCUUUAAUGCAAUCUAGUCAAAUGCAGAUGCGUGUGUCCAAAUAAUAAUUCGUAUAGCAUAAAUUGGAGUUGUGUGCUAAUGUGUAAAUUUUUUUGCCUGUAAUAUCAUAGAAUUUAAUGUAUAUACACCAGAAACUACUUUUCAGACUCUUUUCUACUGCAACCAAUAGUUAAGAUUAUAUUUUACAUAUUUUGAAACACACAAAAUAGAAAGAAAUGCUUGUGAACAAUGCUUAGUCUUUUUAUGAUAUAAUUUGAAAUUACCUAUAUAUUUCAUUCUAUUCAAUUUUCAGAUGUGGUCAUAAUCCACUAAGUUUAUUUAAUGGUAUACUAAUGGGUAGUAACCCAAAGUUUGAAAACCACUUUUCUCAGACAUAUAGAAGUAUACCAGAUGUUGAACAUUGAUAGUAUCAAAAGAGUCCUUUAGGGUUCUAAUUUAAAAAAAAAAAAAUUCAAACCAUUGUAGAGGAGUAGUGUUGUCUCAUGUUAAACCACUCUACCCUUUAAGGAUCUGACACACUGUGCAAGAAAAAGACUUCAAGGUUGGAGGAGGAGAUUUUCCAUGACUUUUAUCAACAAAUCUAAAGUCUAUGUUGUAGGAGAAAAAUGUAGGAUAA